CGGUGGCGUGCCACCAGCAACCGAAGACCCAACCGCCCCGUCCCAACCAACCGCGCCCAGGCACGGACCCUCGCUCCGAGACCGGGCAAGUCAAAGUCGUGCACCACCGCAAGAGUUAAGCUUAGCAGGCUGCCCGCCCGCGCGCCGCCACCACCAAACCACCAGAUGUAUCGGACAUUCGAAAGCAACCAAUUAAGCUAAGUAUUCGUCGAGACAGCCGUGUCAGUGUGCGUAAUUCUCAAUUGCGCAUGCUUCGCUUCCUCCUCAUCGCCGUCUCCCUCGCUGCUUCAGGCGGCGCGCCCGCGGUCGCCGGCGAGACUUACUACAACGCCAGCAUGUGCCGGACGUCCUUCGCGUGCGGCGACAACGUCGACGUCCACUACCCGUUCUUCCUCGCCAACGCAACCAGGUCCAUCGAGGGGUACACGGCCUACUCCUACUGCGGGUACCCCGGCAUGGCGAUCACCUGCGAGGGCGGCCGCGCGACCCUGCGGCUCAAGGGCGACAACUACACCGUCCUCAACAUCAACUACGGCAACCACACCGUCACGGUCGCCGACGCGGACGUGCUGAGCGGCGGCGACUGCCCGAGGGUGACCCACAACGUCACCGUCCCGCCGGACACGUGGCUCAACUUCUCGGCAACGGCCAACGAGAACCUUGUCUUCUUCUACGACUGCGUCUUCACGCCGGCGACGCCCCAGCCGACGUACAUCGAUCCGAUCAACUGCACCAGUUUCCCGGAAGGGAAGAGGAUUUCUUUCGUGGCGGCGCAGCCCGUCGUGCGGGCGCAGGAGGAGUGGCCGGUCUGGGCGCGGGCGUGCAAGCCGAUGGUCGUCGUGCCGGUGCUGAGAGACUGGCUCCUGAGCCCCGACCCCGAGUAUUUGCCGCGGCUGAACAACGAUUGGUACGGGCAGGUGCUGAAGCAGGGGUUCCAGCUGAGCUGGGACCCGAGUGCGGGGCCGUGCUACGUGUGCGAGGACUCCAAGGGGCAGUGCAGCUACAACCAGAUCGGCGAGUUCGUCGGCUGCCAGUGCUCCGACGGCCGCCUGCGCCUCCCGGGUUGCGCUCGGGUGACAAGGUACCAGGAUGGUACCGAGCCGGCCGUGGUUCGAACCCCGGUCUCGCAUGGGGCCGAGCAUCUACUCGAUUAG